ACACACCUUAAUAUCCCACGGAUUCACCUCUUGGUCUGUAAAGAAGCCCUAGAAUUUCAUUUGUUGGGCAUGCUGAUAGAAUAUUAGGUUACUGGCUUUUGCCGCGUGAUUGGAUUGAGUAAUGUUGUGAGUUUGAGGCUGAACAAGUGUAGAAAUGGCGAGUGCAGGCGGGGUAAAUAUGGAGAAAUUCGAGGAGUAUUUUCAGAAGGCGGAUUUGGAUCGGGACGGAAGGAUCAGUGGAGCUGAAGCUGUGUCUUUUUUGCAGGGUUCCAAUUUGCCGAGGCAAGUUCUUGCGCAGAUAUGGGCGCAUGCCGACCACAAUCACACUGGCUUCCUCAGUCGUCCUGAGUUUUAUAAUGCUCUUAGGCUUGUCACGGUUGCUCAAAGCAAGCGAGAAUUGAUACCAGAUAUUGUCAAAGCAGCACUAUAUGGCCCUGCUUCUGCUAAAAUCCCGCCUCCACAAAUAAAUAUGGCUGCAACACCUGUGCCACAGCCAAAUCCAGGAGCUGCUUCUCCUUUACCACAGAUGGGUGCUACUAGACAGCAAUCUCCUCAAAAUUAUGGGUUCAGAGGACCACCUCCUUCAACUCCUAGUCCAAACCCGCAGUUUGGUGCUGUGCAAUCAAAUACUGGCAUGACCCAACCCAUGCCUUCAUCUGUAGGCACAAACCAGCUGCAACUGCGUGGAACCCCACCUUCAAGUUCUGGCACGAGUCAGCAGUACCCACAGUUACAACCUGCAAUUACAAUUAACCAGAUAUCGUCACAAUCUCAACCUGCAUCUACAAUCAACCAGCAACUUGGUCAGGCACAACCAACGAGUACAAGUAUAAACCAGCCACGCAUUCCUCCUAGUGCAAAUGUGAACCAGCAAUUUUUCCCAACUCAAGGUAACCAGAUAAGAACGUCUCUAUCAAUGUCUACUACUGCUUCACAUCCAUCUCAGGUUGUGAGUAGUCCCAAUAUUUCUGGUGCCAUGGCUGGUCCUGGUCUUUCAAACGCAAAUAGAGAUUGGCUUGGUGGGAAUAGUUAUCCCGCUUCCACUGGACCAAUAACACAAAACAACUUAGUUGGAGGACUCAAUCCCUCUAUUUCUCCUGCUUCUUCAGCUUCCCAAGAUCUAUUUUCAACAUUGUCUACAACAGCAGCCAAGGAUCUUAGAGGACCGGUUACUUCAGGAAAUGGACCUACUCCAGAUUUGUUUUCUGGCAACCAGUCUUCAUCAUGGAAAGUUUCAUUUGCGCCACAAAAACCUGAGGUUAACCAGCCUAUCUCUUCAGACAUUGUUCCUGCCACUCCAAGUUCCCAGCCGCCAGCUAAGCCUGACCCUUUUGAAGCCUUGAAAAGUACUUUUAUAAAACCAUCUGCUCCUACUCAAGUGAAUUCCUCAGUCUUGUCUCCUGGGAUUCAAGCUGGCUUUGGGGUUCCUCUCCCAAUUAAACUCAGGCACCAUGGCAAAAAAUGACACGUGCUGGAAUUCAAAAAUAUGUAAAAGUUUUUAUGGAAGUUGAUUCUGAUCGAGAUGGGAAAAUUGCUGGCGAUCAGGCACGGAACCUUUUUUUAAGUUGGAGGCUUCCAAGAGAGAUCUUAAAGCAGGUUUGGGAUUUAUCUGAUCAAGAUAGUGAUGGCAUGCUUUCCCUGAGGGAGUUCUGCAUUGCUCUCUAUCUAAUGGUGCAGUACAGAGAAGGACGCCAGCUUCCCUCUACGCUGCCCAAUAGUGUCGUGCUUGAUGAAACUUUGUUGUCUUUGGCGGGUCCACCUACAGCUUAUGGAAGUGCGGGGUGGGGUCUCGCUACUGGUACAAGACCGCAGCAGGGCUUCCAUGGUUCCGAGCCCUUUACGUCAGCUGGUUUAAGGCCUCCAAUGCAGCCUAUAGUUGUUCAAUCUGAUGGAUCCAUGCAGUUCAAUCAGAAAAGCGCUCCAGGUCCUACAGUAGAUAACUCCUAUGCUAAUCAACUUAGUAAUGGUGAUGCAAAUUCUUUGGAUGCUAAGGAUCAGGAGGCUACUGAAACAAAUGAAUUGGUUGAUAAGGAGAAGCUGAUUCUGGAUUUCAGAGAAAAGCUUGAAUUCUAUCGAACAAAAAUGCAAGACCUUGCCGAGUUACUGGAAAAGAAAUACCAGGAGAAAUAUAAGCAAGUUGCUGAAAUUCAUUCUAAGUUAACUAUUGAAGAAGCUGCAUUUCGUGAAAUCCAGGCAAAGAAGUCGGAGUUGCAACAAGCCAUCACUAAAGUGGAACAAGGUGGAAGUGCUGAUGGUAUUCUUCAGGCUUUGGGCGAUCGUGGCAAGAAGCACUCUGUGGAGAUCAAGUCAUCCUCAUUAAUUGAGCUUCCUCCAGGUUGGCAACCUGGAGUUCCAGAGGUAGCAGCGAUAUGGGAUGAAGACUGGGACAAGUUUGAGGAUGAAGGGUUUUCUUUUGAUGUUACCAUUCCUGAAAAUGCGAAAUCGCUGUCAGAGCAGAGAGAAAAUUCUUCCCCAACUGGUAGCUUUUCCCCAGACCAGGAGUCAAAUGAUGCCACGACAUCUGAAAAACUCUUCGCCAGUGCCUUCGAUGCAGAAUCAGUGUAUAGUGCGGAUGAACUAAAGAGCUCACGAGGAAAUCCUGGGAGGCAAACUACUGGUAGUCCAUCUCGAGAACAUUUCAGAAAAAGCUCUGGUGAUGAUGCUGAAAAUCACAGAAGCUUUGAUGAGCCAAGUUGGGGCAGUUUUGACAACAAUGAUGAUAUUGACUCAGUCUGGGGCUUCAAUGCUAAGGACCCAGAUGCUGAGAAGCACGACGAGAAAUAUUUCUUUGGGUCUAAUGUCCCAGAUGCAAACGGCUCACCUCACACAGGCGAUGGAUUCCGAAAAAACAAUCUGUUCAACUUUGAAGAUUCUGUUCCCGACAAUUCUCCGAGAUACAGUGUUGAGUCGGGAGAUCCAUUUUUUGACAGCUUUUCUAGAUAUGAUUCAUUUAGCACUCAUGAUCGUGGCUCUUCCCCUCGUCAGAAAAAUUUUAGUAGGUUCGACUCAAUGAGCAGCACAAGGGGCUUCGAACACAGCAGCAACUAUUCUUUUGAUGACAUUGACCCGUUUGGUUCCAGUGGUCCGUUUAAGGUCUCAUCCGAAACAUCACCGAGGGAAAAUUUUGGAGAAGUAAAAAUGCUUUUAGGCUGGCAUUUUGUAGUGGACUCCGGAACAGAAGGGUUGAAGGAAGAUGAAAGAGAUACAUUGGAAAGCAAUCUGCUGUAUAUUUACCACUGA